AUGUGUGAAAACUACAGUAUAAAGUUUAAAGAGGAGAAUGGAAUGGUUGAGGAGCAUAACUACAUCCCAUCCAAUAUCUGCGACAUUUUUGGCAUCUUUGAGUGUUCCCUUUGCUGCUGGGAGGCCAAUCAAGAAGCAUUUGGCUCUGUAGCACCUCCUAUGUACCCCAUUCAAGGCCACCCAUAUAUCCUUGGUGCAAACCAAGCCAAGAGGAUAUAUUUGCUGCUUGAAGACACCCCAGAGAUGUACCUGGCCAAAAUUCAAGACUGGUUAGCCCUUGCACAUGAUGUGCACAUAUUGAAGACCGCUUUUUUCAAGCAUAUUAGAGAUGCAGGGCUAACUUAUAAGGUUCUACAAAAAUCAGCAGCAGAAAGGGAUAACAAUUGGAUGGAGGAGUGGUUGAAGGACAUCAAUACACACUUUACAGCCAGCCAGUUCAUCAUGAUUGAUGAAACCAGCAAGGAUGACCGGACAAUUUAUCGACACUACGGACGGGUGCCCAAAGCUGCCUGUGAUGAACCCGUAUUCUCAAGAUAA